CCCGCCCCGGGAGCCGCGGGCGCUGCGCGCUCCCGCCGCCCCACACGGACACCGCGCGCUCCCGCCGCCCCACACGGACACCGCGCGCUCCCGCCGCCCCACACGGACGCCGCGCGCUCCCGCCGCCCCACACGGACGCCGCGCGCUCCCGCCGCCCCACACGGACGCCGCGCGCUCCCGCCGCCCCACACGGACAGCGCGCGCUCCCGCCGCCCCACACGGACGCCGCGCGCUCCCGCCGCCCCUCAGGCACAGCGGUCCUCAGACAAUUUAUAAAUAGGAAUCUCUCACCUUUCCAAGAAGCAAGAACUGAGAUUUCCACCAGCUGCCUGUUUUCCCAGAUUUCCAUCCUUCCUGCCGUGCUGGGCAGCAGAGCUGAGAUCCCCAGGGCCCUGUUGGAAGCUGGCACCUGAGCAGGAGCUGCUGGGGGGGAAGGAUGCUCAGGGAUUCCAUGAAGUCCUGGAGUGACAGCCAGUCAGACCUGUACAGCAGCGACCAGGAGGAGGAGGAACAGAUGAUUUUUGGUGAAAAUGAAGAGGAUUUGGAAGAGAUGAUGGAUUUAAGUGACUUGCCUACCUCACUCUUCGCUUGCAGUGUUCACGAGGCCGUGUUCGAGGUACAGGAGGAGAAGGAAAGGUUUGAAGCACUUUUCAGAGUCUACGAUGAGCAGGUGACGUUCCAGCUGUUCAAAAGCUUCAGGAGGGUGAGGAUAAACUUCAGCAACCCCGAGGCAGCAGCACGAGCUCGGAUAGAGCUGCACGAGACUGAGUUCAGCGGGAAGAAGCUGAAGCUUUACUUUGCACAGGUGCAGGUGUCCAGUGAAAUCGGGGACAAGUCCUACCUCCUUCCUCCACAACCUGUGAAACAGUUCCUGAUUUCCCCCCCUGCCUCUCCCCCAGUGGGAUGGAAACAGAGUGAAGAUGCAACUCCUCUGAUCAAUUAUGACCUGCUCUGUGCUGUCUCCAAGCUGGGGCCAGGGGAGAAGUACGAGCUGCACGCAGGGACAGACUCCACCCCCAGCGUGGUUGUGCACGUGUGUGAGAGUGAGACGGAGGAGGAGGAGGAGAUCAAGAACCCCAAACAGAAGAUCCUGCAGACGCGGCGCCCAGACCCGCCCCCCACUAUCCUGAGUGACUCCAAAGCCUUCGAGUGUGCCCUGGAGGUGGGGGGGACAAUGCCCUGCUAGAGCUGAGCUGCUCCACGUGGUACCGACACCAGGCACCCGGCGCUGUGUUGCUGUCUGUGCUGCUGCUAUAGGUCACAACAGAUCUGACUUGUAGUUGUCGCUCAUGUUCAAGAUUUUGGAUGCCAAUGCUCUGAAAAGCACUUUAAUUUUAGGGACUAGUCCCCCUCGAGUGUAGCAAAUCCACCUGACUUGAAAUAGUGACAAUUAGGGAGUCUGGCUGUGUUUUGGUUUUUACGAUGUCGCCCUUUGCUCUCUGUUGUACAGUGUGAUGUUCCAAGUGCUGAAAUAAUCUCCUCCUGUCACGAGUGGGUUCCAGCAAGUUCCUUGUACAGCAGUUAAAAGCUGAUCUGUCCAACAGCUUCCAGUUAAUCUAGUGUUAAACACAAGUGAAAUGCACUCUCUUUGCUCAGAUUCCUUGCCAGCUGAGGUGUUAACCUUUGCUUUUCUCAGAAAUACCAGGUGUGUGUUUGUAGUUUGACAUGAGGCACAAAUACACAGAGGAGCUGAAUUCAGGGGGGGUUGGUGACUACAGGGAGGAGAACACCAGAGGAAGAACCUCAGAGUCUAUCACCAACACUCCUGCUCUGCUGUCUGUGGUGGUGCACUGACACCUAAUUAGGAGUUAAUUACAGUGGUAGAGUGAAAUAUGGAUCCAGCUGUUGAGUGUGUUGUGUCUGAUCCUCUCUGACAAUCUGGGGCUUUUUGUUCCUCUCCAGUCCUUAGGACGGCCUCCACAUCUGAAUAAAUCCAGUGACUGUUAGGUCCUGGCAGGAGCUAAAACAUCCACGGGUUAAUUGUUAACUUCUCCAGUCUGUUUUGUAUUUUCAAAGACAAUCAGUUGCCUGGCUUAGCCAGUUUUUAUGCAGUUUCAGCCCUUGUUUGCUGUUUUUCAUGAAGACUUUUUCUGUGUGGCUUCCUGUGUGUCUGACAGAGCAUCUGCUGCUUCUGAGACCAGGAUGCAUCUUUUAGAAUACAGAUCUUUGAUUUUGUGAUCUUGUGUUAAGUGUUUUAGUAGGAGGAAAAUAUGCCUUGGUAUAACAACACCUGCUCCUGUGCUUUUAUGCUAUUUUAUAGCCAAACUUUUUUAGUCUAGACAGAUUCUUCUUUUUUUCUAUUUAAAAAGAUAAAAUGAUUUGUGAACAAACCAGGCUACUGAUGUUCCUGUGUAGAAAUCAUUCUGAAAUUCAGAUUUUUCAGGUUCAUUUCAGUGUGUUUCAGUUGUACCUGACGUGCUUCUUGAACUUCCAGAAGUGUUUUCACUUGACUGACAGCAGGGGGAAAAGGAAUGGGCAGGGAUUCUCAUGGAUGUGGAGGUUUUCAACUCUGUUGUGCCUGCUCAGGAUCCCUCCUGCCACCAGCUUCAAAGUGGGAUCCUGCAGGCAAAUCCUUGCUCCAGAGGCAGGAAUAGGACAGAGUAAAAAGGUAGGGAAAUGGGGUUUGUCCAUCACAGGUUUGAUAUUUAUGUUUCUCUUCAGGUAUUGAAAUCACUCCAAGUCCAGCUUCACUGUCUCACUGUUCCAUGGAAUUAAAAUUAAGGUUAAAAACCCAACAAAAACCUGUGUUAUCCAGCAGGCUUGUGGAUUUUUGAAAUUCCAGAAAUCUGGGUUGGAUUCUCUGUGGUGUUUCUGUUUUUUAAAUUAUUUCAUUUCUACCCCAGUGUAGAAGUUGCUGUAAGUAGGAGUAAGUGGAAAACCUUCAGAAACAGUUUUAUAAGGAGAAUCGAGUGUGAUGUUGUUGAUGUAUAAAUGUGUAAAAUGUGGAACAACAUUCCAGCACUUUCCAUUGUGUAAAGACACUUCAAAUAAAACAAAGCAGUGCCAUUCA